AUGAACAGUCUAGAUGACAUCCCAUUCCAGACCCCACUGGGCUCACUGGAGGAGCCCAUGAGGGAGUUUGUGACGGGUCCAGACAUCGCCGUGCCAGACUGCCGCCGGAUAUUGCAAGAAACUGAGUAUGAAUUCAACCUUGAGAACUGGGUCUUGACUCGGCUCCAUGGUGGUUAUCGUAAACCACAACUGCAGGCACAAUGUCGGACCCCUACAUGCGGUGGUUCUCCCUCCUGCCCUCCUUACUGGCUGUUGUUCAGCAGUCCCCAGGAGAGUCGCUGGGCCAGUCGUAGGAGCAGCGACCUCUGGGCCUCUACCCGUCGUCCCCGCAGCCACAGCCUGAGCUCUGUGGACACCCACCGCCUGUACCAUCGCUCCAUUAAGUUCCCUAUCUCUGACUCUGAGGAUGAAGCUGGCUAUUCGGAGGAUGAUGAAGGCUCCUCCAAUGAUGAUGCACGUGUCUGCAAGAGCAGAGAGCGCCCAAAGAGCACCGCAUCAAAAGACCUGUUAACCAGAGUCAAAGCCCUCCACCUUGGGCUGCCUGCUCACUGUGGUAAGCCUGUUUCUCCUCGAAACCUCACCGGCCCCAAAGCUACUUUGUCCGCUUUCCCAAACCGCAGGGGAGCGCUCUCUGCACUGGAGCAGUCUCAGCCCAGCAGUCCUCUUUGCCAGAGUCAGAGGCACAGCAAGAGGCGGCAACGCUCACUUGGCUCCGUGAGCAAAAGACAUUCACAAAGCACAAAGCCGGUCUGCCAGUCUCCAUCUAAGCUGCAGCAGCCACGACCCUCAUCUGCAGGACCUGUUGUCAGAAACCACCGGCAGAAGGCUCUGCGGCCUGGUGGCUCCCACAAGGUCUUCUUUGAUCUGUCUGUGGAGCUGCUAUCAGCGCUCAGCCAGGAGGAGAGGGAACUGCUCGAAGCCAUCACCGAGAGGGGCUACUCGUUACGCACGGCCAUAGUGGCCCUGCAGAAGACAGGCUAUCGUAACCCAGAGAAGAUCCUGACUUACUUGGUCGCGAGCAACCGUCUGUGUGAACUGGGUUAUGACGAGGCACAGGUGGAGGAGGCUCUGGAGAUGUUUCAGAACUGCGAGAGCAAGGCUGCUGAGUUCUUGCGCCUUCUGAAACAAUUUAAUGAGAUGGGAUUCCAGCAGAGUGCAAUCAAAGAGGUCCUGCUCAUCCAUGAAAACCACCGUGAGAAGGCUCUUGAGGAGCUCAUGACACACACGGCGUAG